AUGGAGUUCUUUCCAGAUGUUCUUGUCCCACUCCCAGCUCUGCAAAGCAUGGCCCAGGUUGCUGAAGGUGAGAAUGGAUUCGAGGAGAACGCCGUCGUCAAUAUCACCAACACAUGGGACGGCUACGCGUACUGUGUGGUGUGGAACACCGCUGAGCAAAAAGUCGACCACGAAGGCUGGCUGCCGCAGUCAAAACUCACAGACUUGUCUUCGGAGACACACACCGUCGAGACGGGGUGGAGGUUGCCAUUUCAAGAGUUGCUUCGCUACAUCACCAUCGCUGUGGUAGUUCAUGAGCUGCUCCGAUCUUGUCCGGGCUUGGUUCUGUUCUGA